ACCUGACGUCCCUGCGACGUUUUUAGCUUUGCAAUCGCCAAACUCCGCGUCCUUCCGACAGCUUCACGACCAGGACUUCCACCACCACAUCGCGAAACUCAUCCGCCCUCUCCGCCAAAAUGGUGCAGACAUACAAGAUCUUUGGCGCGAACGUUGGCUCGCACUACCUGGCGAUGGGCGUCCUCGGCACGCUGUUUGCGGGCUCCUACACCGCAUUUGGUGGUGGCAGCAAGGCGCAACCCGCCUCCCCCCCCAUCAAUGCUUCCAGCUCCGACGAGGCCGAUUUCAUCAAGAAGUUUGUGGAGGAGGCGCAGGCGGGCGAGAAGAAUUCGGGCGGCGCCGCGAAGCACUGAUUCAAGUGUGUCGAAUGGCUGUCGAGAAGCGGGAGGGCAGAGAGCCCUGUGUACAUGUAUAGCGGGCGUUCACUGGGAUCACGUUUUCCUACUAGGUUGAAAUCCUCAAGACGAAUGCAGAACGACUCGAUCCCCUGCUAUGAUGUGUCCAGUGCCGUGUGUUUAGGCUCGGGCAAACUGAAAAAGAAGGACAACAUCCUUGCCCGUGCGCUGGUGAGGGUUGAGAUGUUGGCAACCUGAGCUACAGGGAAGUCAACAUGCGCGGUAUUUCUAGCAU